CGUCACCGUCACGUCACCGUUGUCGUGCUCCGCAGGUCGGUGCAGAUGCGCCUGUACUCGAUGCACAAGCGCGAGUUCCUGCUGGUGAUCGUCACGUUCCUGGCGUGCUGCGGGCUGAGCGUGCUCAUCGGGCUGGCGGGCCCCUCCAUCACGGCGCAGAGCGAGGUGCGCGCCACGUCGCUGCGCCCGGCGCUGUCGCCCGACCAGCUGGCCACGGGCAAGGCGCCCUUCAUCCUGCGCACGCCCGCGCUCUCCGCCUACCACCAGCAGCUCUGGCUCAUCGCCAAGGUGCAGACCGACAACGUGGACGACGAGCUGUACGACAAGGCGGUGCACAUCGCCGUAACGGUGUACGGCAUCAACGAGAACCACCGGCCGACGCUCAUGCUCAAGGGCGACGCCAAGCACAACCGGACGCGGCACCUGCACUGCCAGUGGCAGGACUGCGACGAGGUGGUGGUCAUGCACCUGGGCUUCCUAGCCUUCACGCACUACCUGCUCGAGAUCCACUUCUACGGCCUGGAGAGCCACACCUACAACGUCAAGGAGAUCACCUUCUACUUCCGCACGUACAACCCGGACUUCACUCAGAUCGAGAUUUGGUUCCGCCUCGUGUUCCUGGUCAUGACCUUCAUCGCCAUGGUGAGUCGUGGGGGCGCACUGCCGCAGCACUACACGCGGGGGAAAAGGGGUAUCUGUCUAGCUAAACCAAUAGCUAAAAGAGGGAUAACUAAUUGUCUACCUUUGAGGCUACAAAUUUAGCUUUUCAGCUAAACA